GCUAAGUAUCUUUUCAUCUUUCGGAUCGCGCGCAUCGCUCCGCAUCAGUCUCUGCCGCAAAAAGAGACUUGGACUCACUAACUAAGAUUAACUCACAAGCCAAACCGAAGUUAGUGCAGCGCGAGUGAAUCACAGUGAACCAACUACUAACUAGUCUUUGACCACGCGUAAACACGGAAAAUGCAGCUUAUAUAAAGAAUAGCUAAGGAAUAACUAAGCAAAGCAGCCAAGCGAACAGAGAAGUGCUAGAAACUAGAGAAGGACAUGGCCACCAAUACGGAAUUGCUGCCCUUCCAUCACCAGACGACGCUAGCCGUGCUGAACAACCUAAACAACAACCACUGCGGCGGCUCCAACAGCAAUGGAGGCAACGGAGGAGCGGCCACCUCGGCGGGAGGCGGCGCCUCUGUGGGAGGAGCAGGAGCGCCCAGCUGGGCGGCCAUUGACGAACUUUACCAACAGACUGAACUGCCGGUAUUGACGCGAGCGGGUGCAACCGGCACCACGCAUCACCACCUGCUGCGCUUCACGCCCUAUGCCCUGCACCACCGCCCGCCGCCACACCAUCAUCACCAGCUCCAAACCCUUCCGCCAGCCUUGUACCUCCAGCACGCAGCUGCAGCGGCGGCGGCGGCAGCAGCAGCGGCCGCCCACGCGCAGCACCACCAUCAUCACCACCACCACCUACCGCACAGACCCGCUUCGCCGGAGAGUCCACCACCGGCGGAGGGCACACACAUCAGCAACCUCUUCCCGGAGCUGCUCGAGCAAAUCUUUGAGCACCUGCCCGUGAGGGAUUUGGGCCGUGCGGCCCAGGUCUGCACCGCCUGGCGGGAUGCUGCCUACGCUAAGAGCGUGUGGAAGGGUGUGGAGGCCAAGUUGCAUCUGAAGCGUUCCAGCCCGAGUCUAUUCAACUGUUUGGUGAAGCGGGGCAUCAAGAAGGUGCAGAUCCUAUCGCUGCGGCGCUCUCUAAAGGACCUGGUGCUAGGCGUGCCCGCUUUGACCUCCCUCAACCUCAGUGGCUGCUUUAACGUGGCGGACAUGAACCUGGGCCACGCCUUCAGCGUGGAUCUGCCCAACCUGAAGACCCUGGAUCUCUCCCUGUGCAAGCAAAUCACGGACACCAGUCUGGGCCGGAUUGCGCAGCAUUUAAGGAACCUAGAAACGCUGGAGCUGGGCGGCUGCUGUAACAUCACCAACACUGGUCUGCUGCUCAUCGCGUGGGGUCUGAAGAAGCUGAAGCACCUGAACCUGCGAUCCUGCUGGCACAUAAGUGACCAGGGCAUUGGCCACCUGGCAGGAUUCUCCCGGGAAACGGCGGAGGGCAACCUGCAGCUGGAAUACCUUGGAUUGCAGGACUGCCAAAGGUUGAGCGACGAAGCGCUGGGACACAUCGCCCAGGGUCUGACCUCGCUCAAGUCCAUAAACCUGAGCUUCUGCGUCUCGGUGACGGACAGCGGGCUGAAACAUCUGGCCCGAAUGCCCAAGCUGGAGCAGCUCAACCUGCGCUCCUGCGACAACAUCUCCGACAUUGGAAUGGCUUACCUCACGGAGGGCGGCAGCGGGAUCAACUCUCUGGACGUUAGCUUCUGCGACAAGAUCAGCGAUCAGGCGCUCACCCACAUCGCCCAAGGACUCUAUCGGCUGAGAUCCCUCUCACUGAAUCAGUGCCAGAUCACCGAUCAAGGCAUGCUGAAGAUUGCCAAGGCGCUGCACGAGCUGGAGAACCUGAACAUUGGCCAGUGCAGCCGGAUCACGGACAAGGGACUGCAGACGCUCGCCGAGGACCUAACGAACCUCAAGACCAUUGAUCUCUACGGCUGCACGCAGCUCAGCUCCAAGGGCAUCGACAUCAUCAUGAAGCUGCCCAAGCUGCAGAAGCUCAAUCUGGGCCUCUGGCUGGUGAGAUGAUGUGUCCACCACGACUGCAACGCCUGUGCUGAGGAGGAGGCGGCAGCGGCACGCAGUACCAAUAAUUCCCAACCUUAGAUUCCUACAUCGGGACGGAACGGAAGGGGGCGGGACGGGGCGAAGUCGGUCUGAGCAGACAAGAUACACUGAAAACUCAUAGCUUUCGUUUGCCAUACCAAACGCUGUACUACAUUUUUUUAUACGAACAGAGUAGAAACAGGCGGAGAAGCUGAAAACAACGCGGCAACAACAAAAAGCAAACAAUGAAACACACACAAGGCGGAGGAGAGUGGGGGGACAGCGACAGAAAGAGAGAGCGGGAUGGAGACAGACGGCGUCAGACGGAGAGUGAUGCCAUUCUGGCUUUUUUAAUAUCAAAAUUGGGUUUCCUUUAAAACAGGGCGGAAUAUAAGGAAAUAUCUAAAGGAGAGCCAAGCUGAGGUCCUUAUAGUUUAUUUGUAUUACCUGAAAUUCUCUGUUUUCUGAUGCCAAUUUUUGACAAAAACAGAAUCUCUCCCCAUCAUGUAGUAUCCAAGCCCGCUAGAUGUAGCUUUUUCCCGCUAAAAGCCAGGCAACACUGUUCGUGGAGCUUGCUGCGCUGCGUUACGUUGUGUUGUUGUGUAUGCCGCAGGUUCCUAAAGGGGGGUAAGUGUAGGCCAGAGCAAGAGGGGCGACAGCCGCUGGCGUCGGCUUACACGCACGCAGCAGCGAUAAAAAAUAACGAAAAACGAGAGAGAAAAAGAAACAGCAAGCAGCAGCAACAACAACUGCAGCGAUGGCCGACAGCAACAAAGUGCAUGGCGAUGGAGACGCGCGAUAAGCAGCAGGAGGGAGCGAGAGGGAGCUAGGACUGCGAGUAGAGUGGGCAGCGCAUUUAUAUACACAUAUGAGCGUAUGUGUGUGUGUGUGCAAUGCAGGCCGCAGUUAAGCAGAUGCAAAUAAAUUUAAAUAGUUUAUUUUAAUUCACGCUUCGGCUACAAAAGCCAGCGUCCUCCAUUGCCACAGCAACAACAACUACAGCAGCAGCAGCAGAAACAAUAAAACAAAGAGCGGGCGACGAAGGCAGUGUGGGGAGUGGUAGUGGGGAAUUAAAGCUCUUUUGGAGACUUGACUCUCCGCUCUUGUGUUGCCUUUGUUGCUCUUGUCUCUCCUCUCCGUCGCAUAUUUCUUGCUCCCUUUUUCGUUUGUUUGUAUCUUUUUGUUAUUGUCUUUCUCGACGUCUUCUCCGCGUCUCUCGUUCGUUGCGAAUUUGUUUAGUACAGCGUCGUUAGUUAUGCCGUUUAAUUUAGUUGAUUAAAACGUAAACAAAAAGUAAAGGAAUUUAAGCAAAAACAAUGUUAAUAGUAGAUGCGUAAAUGUAAUUCUUAGUUCUUAAACAUUUGUCAAGCCACAAUUAGUCAAAUAACGAAAAACGAGGGGAGAUAACAAACCGUAUUAACACAAGUUAUAUAAAAAAAAAAAAAAAACAAAACAAAAACAUACAAAACAACCUUGUUUAAUAGCAAAAAAACUCAACUACACAUAAACACACACGACAACACACCCACAUACAAACGUUAAAGAAAAUUCUGUAAAUUUUUUAUUGUUUAAUUUAUAAGUAAGCGAAAAAAGCAAAACAAAAAAGCAAGUGGGAAAAAAGCGAGAAGAUAACGAUUGAAAAGAAUAUGCGAAUUAAUUCUUUUU